CACCUUGGGGCCGAAUCUCAACAUGAACCCCUCAAAUCUGAUCUGCCGAAUCUCACUCAGUAAUCCUUGACUCUCGAGGACCUUGCACGAAAACAAUCUUAAACCUCUCCUAUUCAAGCACUCUAGGAUCCUCCCUACGCUAUGUUGCUUCCCCUUUCUAUUCCAAGAAUCCUAUCCCCCUUCACAAUGACUCGAACUCCAACAAUUGAUUUUCUCAAUGCAGAGAAGCAUUGUCAAUACGAUAGGGUGUGCGGAGACGCGCUUCGUAUUAUUGGCGAUCGUCACUGAACAGCCGCGGCUCUUUACCCAGUGCGUCGGUUUUUAUCCGAGACAGUUGUUUCGCGAAAAAAUGUGCCGUUGGUGGACGAAUGAUGAUUGGCUGCAAGGAUUGAAAGGAUCGUGAAGGAUCAGAAGUGCAUGUUGGUGGAUAAGAUUAUGGUGUAAUGCGAACGCGCAAACAAAUGUCAUGGUGACAUUGUUCGAGCAAACAUCGAGUCAGAUCAAUACAGUCGGCAUCGUGAUCUCCUCUGUCAUGGCCUGCACUCAACAUUAUAGCGCGCGCUAUCUUUUCUAUCUU